UCCAAGGGUUUCUCUAGUCUUAGAUCUCUAGGAAAAGAAUGGCGCCCAAGGGUGAUAAGAAGCUCUCCAAGAAGGAGCUCAAGGCGCUCAAGAAGAAGGAGAAAGAGAGGAAAAAGGAGGAAGCGCGCAAAGCGGCUGAAGAGAAGCUGCGACUAGAAGAAGAAGAGAGGCAAAGGAUCGCCGAAGAAGCCAGACUAGCAUGGGAGGCAGAACAAGCACGGCUUAAAGCCGAGCACGACCGAAUAGUUGGCGAGUGGGAAAGCUUAGAACCAGUUCUAAAACGUCGCAGGGAGGGACUUGCAAAGCAUGAAGCUCGUUACGAUGGAGCUGCUGAGUGGAAGAGAUAUGUUGAGCCUGGUCCUCUUCCUUAUGCUGGCAAUGAUCCAAGCAUGAACGGCUAUCUCAACGUUAUGGCGGAGGGAUAUGACAAGGAUAUAAACGACGUGAUGCGCACUCUCACGGAUAUUUACUCGAUCUUUGCAGGGGCCGAAGAGCUUGCUUUAGUGGAAGAGCAGAAAGGGAGGCCACAGCUCGUCGAGAAGUACCACGAUUACAUGAGAAGGCUGGAAGAGCUUGCAAACAGACGACUUAAUCAUAACACAGCUUAUCUACUUGAAAAAUCCCACGACUACUACAAGAGGACGAACGAGUGCAGCUUGUUCUCUGGACAAGCAGGCUGGAAACUUGCUUUGUGGGCGAAUCAUGCAAAAAAUCCACGAGCUCGCAACCUUGAUUUCCCGGCGAUCAACUUGUUUGUAGAAGUUCCAAAACCUUUCGUGUUCGCCCAUGUUGGAGUUCGCAUGUACCAUCAAGUCACUGAUCCUCUUUACAAGUCCAAAGACAUUUACAUGACACUGGGUGGGGCAUUCAGGUUUGAGAUUGUCCAACUUCCACCGCUUUCAAAGACCGUAAAAGAAUGGACUUUUGAAAGAGGUCAGCACCGUCGUCCACACGAGUUUCACAAGCAGUCGAAUACCCGUUUGUUGGGGUUCCUUUGGGACCUGGAAACGUCAUACCUCCGAUCAUCGUCGCCUAUACAUUGCCAGAGUUUGUCAUCCAUUUUGAUCCUGUUCCAAAAGUUGGAUGCUGGUUUGCGGAAGAGCACUGCUGGAAGUUUGAAAAUAUCACCGACGUGGUGUAUGAACCUGAAACACGGAAGCUGACGUUCCACACGAUUAUUAUAAGACCACAUGCCAUGCUUCAGAACCGAGUGAGGCAAUUCCCACACACAAAGUGGAGUAUCAAUCCCAUUUCGGAAUCCGAGGCCUUUUUGACACUGCACGCUGCCUCGCUUAUACUCAAGUUUGAGGUCGGCGAUGGAUGGUGCAAACUGGUGGAACCUCACUUCCCGGAAUGCAAGCAUCUCUACGAUCAAAAACUGGCUCCUCGAGUCCUGCUAAAGCGUUUAUCCAAGUGUGGCAUCCAUCUUCUCCCCGACGAAGACGAUUUCCGGCACGUAAAAACUACUGUUAAGCUUUGAAAGGAUCCGGAAGUGGAGAUGUAUGCAUGCCGUGAUCUGGCCAUGGCAGCUCCCGCCGCUGCUUUCGCAAGCAGCAAAUGGAACGCUCACGCGGACGCUCAGACUUGCGUGUUUCGAUUUCUUGAGAUACCCGAACCCAAAUAUCCGCCAACGUUUGACAAGAGCAAGAAUGUGCUACACGUCCUGUACAAGCAGAAAGGGAACGCUCUUCUCAACUUGACCGAGUUUAAAUCCCCGGAAUACAAAGAAGAGUUUACGACAGAGUACCAUGCGAGCUUGCUCGUUACUCUGCGCGGCAAAUUCUCGGACGAGUCGAUCGAGAAGAUGGAGCAGGGUUGCCCAGGAUACACGG